AUGUUCAUCGAGGAAAUACUAAUUGAUGGGUUUAAAUCUUAUGCUAGAAAAACAACAAUAGGGAAAUUUGAUAGUAAGUUUAAUGCUAUUACUGGAUUAAAUGGUUCAGGAAAAUCAAAUAUAUUAGACGCUAUUUGUUUUGUAAUGGGUAUUCAGAAUUUAUCAUUAGUGCGUGUACAAACCUUACAAGAAUUAAUAUAUAAGUCUGGACAAUGUGGUGUCACAAAAGCCACUGUUACAAUUGUUUUUAAUAAUAACGACAAAGCAAAUAGUCCUACGGGUUAUGAAGGGUAUGAUCAAAUCACUGUUGCAAGACAAAUUACUGUUACAGGAAAAAAUAAGUAUAUGUUAAAUGGAAAAGUAUUACCACAAUCGCAUAUUUUAACAUUUUUCAGAGCAAUUGGAUUGAAUGUCAACAAUCCUCACUUUCUUAUAAUGCAGGGAAAAGUUGUUAAAGUACUUAACAUGAAACCGAUGGAAAUCUUAGCCAUGGUGGAAGAAGUCACUGGAACUAAAAUGUAUGAGACAAAACGAGCAGAAGCAGUAAAGGUUUUAGAAAAAAAAGAUUCUAAAUUAAAGGAAAUAGAUAACAUCCUUAGAGAAGAAAUCACUCCAUCAAGAGAAAAGUUGAAGAAAGAUGCAGAAGCUUUAGUAAACUUAAGAAAUAAGAAAACAGCCUCUGAGAACUUGGAAAUGAAGAUUCAUGCCUUUGAUUAUUAUAGAGCAGAAAAAAAAUUUAAAGACUUAAAUGAAGAAAUCAAAAUUUUAGAGGGUGAAAUUUCAAACAAUGAAAAAAUAAUUGAAAAAAUGAGAGAUGAAAUUGAUGGAAUGGCUGAAGAUUUAGGAGAACAACUUUUGAACACUGAUGAAAAGGAAAAAGAAGCAACAAAAAUUGAUGAAGAGAUUGAGGUUAUGAAAACAAGAAAUGAGGCUAAUAAAGAACGAGAAAAAAGCCUCAAUAACAAAAUUGAAAAAAUUAAGAGAGAUAUUAAAAGAGUUCUAGAAGAUGAAGGAGAAAAUGAUGAACGAUUAAUUAGAGAAAAGGAAUGGAUAGAAAAGAGAGUUGAAGAAUUAGAACUAAGACUAGGAAAAAUGAAUGGAUUAAGUCAAUCAGAAGAUAUCAUUGGAGGAAUUACUAUCACAAUGAAAAAGGUUCGUAAAGAAUGUGAAGAUCUCAUUCGGCAAAAACAAAAACCAAUUCCAGGCAAAGUAAAUAAAGAGGAAAUUGAGUCUACAAUAAAAGAAAUUCUUAAUGAAGAAAAAAAUUUAGAGUACCAAUGCAACAAUUGGAAUGGUUCAAAUGAGGUUGAAUCUGAAUUAUACGAUUUGGAACGAGACCUUGAAGCAAAAAGAAGAAAAUUUGAAGAGGCAAAUAGAAAAAUGAAUUUCAGUUUUAGGUAUUCUCUACCAAGCGCUGACUUUGAUCGAAAUCGUGUAAAAGGUCUUAUAGUCACUUUGUUUACUCCAAAAGAAAAUAAGUAUUCUACAGCACUUGAGAUUGCAGCAGGACCAAAAAUUUUUCAUGUUGUUGUUGAUAGUGAUAUUACAGCUUCAUUAUUGGUUGAAAAAAAAUGUUUAAAAAAACGAAUGACAUUCAUCCCAUUAAACAAGAUUGCACCACAAAUGCCAAAUUUGAAUCAAAUUAAACAAGCAAAAGAAAUUGGAGGACAUAAGAUUCAAUAUGCUUUAGAUGUAGUUCAAUGUGAACCAGAAUUUAGUCCAGUCAUGAAAUAUGUUUUUGGAAAUGUCCUUAUUGCAGAGGAUGCUGAAACUGCAAAAAAAGUUUGUUUCAACCCAAGGGUCAUGAUGAAAACAGUUACAGUAUCAGGUGAUUUGUAUGAUCCAUCUGGUAUUUUAACAGGAGGUAGUAAACCUAAGAGUUCAGGCUUUUUGGAUGAAAUUAGAAGACAGAAUGGAUUGAAAAGAGAAUGGGAAGAUUGCCAAAAGCUGAUAGAAGAAAAGAAAACUCAACUCGCUCAAUUCCAAGAGAUAAAAAGAAUAAGAGAAAAUUUACAAUUUGCUAGAGAACGCAGAAAGAAGGCAGAGCAUGAGCUUGAAGAAUUAGAUAGGAUGAAUGAAGAAAGAGAAAGAAUGAUAAAACAAAGAGAAAAAUUGGAGCGAAUGAUCCAAGAAAAGGAAAAAGAAUUAGCAGACCUUACUAAUAGAAAAGAAGAAGCAAUAAAUGAGAGAAAAAGGAUGGAAGGGGGGCAAGGAGAAGCGGUUAAAAAAGAGCUACAAAAUAAAAUAGAAGAAGAAAAAGGAAAAUUAGAUAAAAUAAGCAAAGAAAUUAAAAGAGCAGAAGAACAAACUCGAAAAAGAGAAAUUGAAAAGAUGAAGAUAGAAGAUUGGGAAAAGGAGAAGGCAACACACGAAAAAGAAUUAAGUAAUAUUCUCUUGGAACGUGAGGAUAUCAAACAUGAAAUUGAAGUAAAAGAAAAGGGACUUGAAGAGCUCAAAAGAGAAAUUAAAGAAAUUAAAACAGCGAAUUCAGAGAAAAUUAGAAGAGUAAAAGAAAUGAAUGAACAAAAACAACUCAAGGGAAAAAAGGUUGGAGAAAAAGAAAAUGAGCUUAAAAGAAUUACAAAAGAGAAAGAAAAGAAAGAAGAAGAGAUAAAAAAUAUUGGAGAGACAAUAAGA